AUGGCAGCUACUGGAAAGAUCAAAAUUGGAAUCAAUGGGUUUGGAAGAAUUGGAAGAUUAGUAGCUAGAGUUGCUUUACAAAGGGAUGAUGUUGAACUUGUUGCUGUUAAUGAUCCAUUUAUCACUACUGAUUACAUGACAUAUAUGUUUAAGUAUGAUAGUGUUCACGGACAAUGGAAACACAAUGACCUUAAAGUUAAAGAUUCUAAGACUCUCCUAUUCGGUGGAAAACCAGUCACCGUUUUCGGUGUUAAGAACCCUGAUGAGAUCCCAUGGGGAGAGACUGGAGCUGAGUAUGUUGUUGAAUCUACUGGGGUCUUUACUGAUAAGGAUAAGGCUGCUGCCCAUUUGAAGGGUGGUGUUAAGAAGGUUGUAAUUUCAGCCCCAAGCAAAGAUGCGCCAAUGUUUGUCAUGGGAGUCAAUGAGAAAGAAUACAAAUCAGAUAUUGACAUUGUGUCUAAUGCCAGCUGCACCACAAAUUGCCUUGCUCCCUUGGUCAAGGUUAUCAAUGACAGAUUCGGAAUUAUUGAAGGCCUUAUGACUACAGUUCACUCCAUCACUGCCACCCAGAAGACUGUUGAUGGACCAUCCAGCAAGGACUGGAGAGGUGGAAGAGCUGCUUCAUUCAACAUCAUUCCCAGCAGCACUGGAGCUGCUAAGGCUGUUGGAAAGGUGCUACCUGCAUUAAAUGGUAAGUUAACUGGAAUGGCUUUCCGUGUUCCUACUGUUGAUGUCUCUGUGGUUGAUCUCACGGUAAGGCUUGAGAAGAAGGCGACAUACGAUCAGAUUAAGGCUGCUAUCAAAGAGGAGUCAGAGGGCAGCCUAAAGGGAAUUUUGGGUUACACCGAAGAUGAUCUUGUUUCCACCGACUUCAUAGGUGAUUGCAGGUCAAGCAUCUUUGAUGCCAAGUCUGGAAUUGCUUUGAACGACAACUUUGUCAAGCUCGUUUCUUGGUACGACAACGAAUGGGGGUACAGCUCACGUGUGAUCGACUUGAUUGUUCACAUGGCGAAGACUAAGUAAGUAGGUGUGGGUUUCUGGAGCAGUUGCCGGUUCGUAGGUGUGGGUUUCUGGAGCAGUUGCCGGUUCGGGUUCGGUUUUAGAUUACGCAGAGAAGAUAAUUAUGAAUAAUUAAUGUCCCGAGUAACUGAGUUGCUAUGUAAUGCUUUCUUUGGCAAUUUCUCUUUGUGCCAUUUUAGUAUCUGUCGAAUAUUUUUUUUAGGAUAAUAUUGUGUUUCCUUGUUUAUUAAUGGUAGAUAAUAUAUUUUUUUUUGUGCAA